UACUGCUGCUGAAUUAGGGAGAGAGAGAGAGGGCCCCUUCCAUUUCCUUCACAUAAUUGAGAUGCACAGAUGCAGUUAAGAAUGUAGAACUGAUAAAACAGAGCAUACUGUUGAAAUUUGAGCACACUGCCAUGUAAUAGAAAGACAACAUAAGUCACUCAUCAUGCUUCAGAUGUAAGCAUCCUACUGAGUAUAAUAUUGCACACAAUUAUAGGGAAAUGGUUGUCAUGUUUGCGGUUUUGAACCGCAACCGCGCGGUUUCUGUUUGAGCCGACCGCGAACCGUGUAACAUGUAAACGCAGGUUGGACGGCAGGCUAAAUGGUGCAAUUUGGUUUGACCGCAUAUGAGAUCCGGUGCGAUCAGAACGCACCAAUGCCCACCCCUGGUACGAAUCUGUGGAACCAGAAUUUGGCCACCAACCAGUAACGUUAGCCUGUAGGUUGCUUAGAGCAGAGAGACCAGUUGAUUCGGAGCAUCAGACACAAUCAAGUUGGAUUACUAGCUUUGACAGAGAAGGUAGUCUCUGAAUUGAGGCCAGGAUUCGAGUACUAUUUAGAUGUCAAGCCGCUUUUCAUGGGUUGAUAGUGUCGUGAGAUGAGGGCAAGUCGACAUCCUUAAAGUCUGCAACUUUCUCAAACAUAAGAGAUUCCCAAAUCCUUGGACGGGAGUUAAACCCUCAGAGUCAGCACAAAUAACAUAGAACACUUGCAAUGAUUUCAGCCCCGAUUUGUCCCAUCAACUAUCUCGAGAGCUUCCAAAGAUCUCGGCCCGCUAAGGCCUUGGAUAUCUCGAAGCAUUGGGCAGUAAAACAUGGGUAAUUCAAUUAAGUUCUCGAGAUUCUCUAGACUUAACAGCUACUCCAGUUGUAGAGACUGAAAUGUAAACAUUGAGCAGAGGCAUCAGCAGAGCAGCUGAGAACCAGGAGUGACAGUAGGAUUUGUGGAAAUGAAGUUUGUUUCAACUUGGAUAACUUCCACCCAUCCAUGUGGUAAGUUACAGGGAUCUGAAGCCCAUGCCACUGCAUUCAACUGUCAAUUCUUCCAACCCCAAAAGUUCUGAAAAUGUGUGCAAUUGAAGACGAAGUGCUUAGCACCUUCAAACUAGCGAAAAGCUUAAUCCACUCGCACACCUUGCUCCCAUGUUUGCAAAGUUCCUAUCAUUCUCAAGUUUUUUUUUUUUAAUGAAAUUAAGACUCAUGCCCAACCACAGAACAAGACCCCUGGUAGUACACAGUAGACCAUGGUACACAGAUAAAAUAAGACUCCUGUCCAACCACAGAACAAGGGUCGGCCAAAAAUCAAGCUUGUUGCAUUAUAUGAGUUGUUCUUUGGAGAGAAGACAACCAAUCUUCACCCUGUUGCCUGUUAAUCACCCAAGCAGCAGAUAGUCAGUGUAAAAGCCGGAAUCCAAUUCUUUGGGUAACAAUCUGCCAAGUACUAUACUGAUCCAUAAAAGUAAGCUUAUUAAGUUCUUUCCACAGUUCUCAACAAUAGGCAUGUAGAAUACAUCGAUUCAACCAUUCAUGCCACACAGUUGUUGUUGACGAUGACCACCCUUUAACCAUCUCAACAAGGAUCUCUGUACUGCUGAAUGAUCCCCUGCAUCAUAAGUAACAGAGAAUUCCUUGCUCUUUUGGCUUAAUCACAGUGGAGUAGAAGAUGAUCAGCAGACUCCUCGGCUUUGAUGCAAAGGAUGCAUCUAUUAGCGAGCAGCCACCACGAUGUUGCAAACUAUGCUGAGUUAGAAUGCGCCUGUAGUAAGCAAGCCAUAGAGAAGUACACACCUUGAGUGGGAUCUCCGAACACCAAAAGACCUUGCUGGGGAAACCCAAAUCACCUGGAAACUUUGUAGAGGUUAGCCAUUUGUACAUAGAGUUAACAAUAUACCCCUGCUCAAGAUUUUAAGAGAUGUUAAUUUGCCAAUAUCAGCAAGUACACCUCUUAGACUAUUCUCACACGCAAUAUACCUAACAUCAAGCUCCCGAAGCCCCUUCAGCAUCCCAAUAGUUCCCCCAGUUAUGCUUCUUACUUCACAAUUCAUCAGAUGCGGCACUUUUAAGUUCCUCUCAGCUUUGAAUAUCUAGCUCCCCGGACCUCGCUCUGACACCAUCAAAAUAUAACCUUUCUAGACCCUCAGUUUUGGGUAAGUGAGGGAGCUAGGUAAGGAAAUGGCACUCAGAACAGAAAGAUCCAGAAUUUUCAACGUGUUCGCCGCCAUGCACAAGUUGAAAGGGCAAAACCUUAACAUGACUCCAGCCUCCCCAGUUGUUUGUUACUUGGCUUGACUUGACAUUCAGAAAUUGUCAAAUUCUUCGUAGUUAGGCGAGUACCAGCAUUUUUAUGGUGGUGCAAAAAGCCAUCAAAGAUUUGGCAGAAGAUUGCCGAAGUCUCCAGGCGGUCUAGGGACUAAGCCAGUUAUCCUUGUAUGCAAAUCACAAGAGAAUCUGCUACAGUAUCCAAUGACCAAACAGUCCCAUUCUUUGUCGAGCCAUAUAUGAAAGUUCAUCCUUCACUGGGUUGAUUCCCUACUGCUCUUUCCUAGUGUAAUGCGACUGAUCUUCAAAUACAACUUCAGGACGUCAGCGGAAGAACUGAAUACCACCUAUACUUUCAAGAAUUCAAAGGAAAUCAUCACUGGACAUGAGCAGCACAGAAGAAUUAGCAUCCUGAAGUCUGCAAGAAGAUGCCGCAACAGAGAGGAACUUAUCAGAGGUAGGGCUAUUCUGACUUUCCAAAACAAGCUACAAUUGAGGGAAGAGUUGAGAACAAGAUGGUGUCGCAGAUAAAAUUUUAAGGUCAGAAAACAGAGAUGUUCUAUGAAGAUCUUUCCUUUCUACUAGAAAAAACAGUAGGCUGCUAGACAUCAUGAUCAUUGACAGUUAGCACUCAGAUAUCUUAUAUAAUACAGAAGACUAAAAUAGAAUUUCUAUGUCCAUCUGAAAUUUCACUUAGGCAUGUAAUGAACUUAUAUAUUUCAACCAAGCCGAGUCCAAUAUCAAGGGUUGGAAGGAAGACCAGAAAUGACUUGAAAGCAAAAUGCUUCAUUUCAAUUGUAUAUAAAAACUACGAAAAGUGAAAAUUGGAAAUGAAACCAACAGGAAGAGCCUGCAGGACAAAGCAAGAUCCCUCCUAAGACACAAAUCUUUACUUACAGACCAGCAGAAUGGUAACGGGGUAUAACACAUGAAUGUUUAGGAUAGAUACCCUGUGAACUUGCAGUCUGUUUGGAACAAACAAAGUUCAACAGAAAGAGCAAGGACUAAGCAAUAAUCUGUCUCAGAUACAUCCAACAUGCAUUAUGUUUGAAACCAGAAGAAAUGCAAUCUAGCUCGAUGCCUUCAGUCUAAAACCUUUCCCAAGUACCUUACCUCUUUAGCCACAUGAUACCAAUGAAAUGAGUUCUAAUAUGCAGAUGAAGCAAGUGACUGGUAUCAAUCAAUUGAGACAUGAAAAGUAAAUUCCCCCCCAAAAAAAUAUUUUUGCAAGUAAAGACUAGGAACUUCCAUAAUAAAGAACAGAAAAGCAAUUGCAUGUUCAGGACAGGAGGAACCAAAUGUAAUCAAUUGGCAUAUCGUCAACUAGUGAACACCAAUCCCUUCUAUGACCCUUCUUAAUGAUUUACAGCUUCGAGUUUUAAUCCCUGCUACGAGUAUAUUUACCCCAAUCAACAUGUAUGAUUUGCCACAACUAAAGAACAAAGAAGGCAAAAAGGAUAAUCAGACUAGCUUUUAAAAGCAGGAAGUAACACAGUUCCAGGUGAUGUAUCAAAAAGGCAAAAGGACAAUCAGACUAGCUUUUAAACUGAGUCCCAAUUUAACCAAUACUAGUUCUUAUAAUACUCCAAUUAGGAAUUUAGCUAAUAAACUGUCAUUGAACUUGAGAUGGUGCAUAGUGAAUUCUAAUUAGCGCACAAAGGGACAUAGCAUUCAGAGUAACAACUUCCUCUCUCAAAUAUAAAUACAAGACCUAAUGUGACUUUAUCUUUAACAAGAUAGAGCAUAUGGGCAUCCAAAAUGGCUAAAUAAUCACGUGGAGCGCUAGAACUUCUUAAUCAAACAUGGCCACCAAUCCAUGUAUUUCCUCAGACAGUAUUAAUGAUUCCAAAGUUUCCAUCUAGGUCUUUAGCUAUUGCAUUCACUGAGUAGGAUGAAAUAGAAAGGCAAUUUGAAUGAACAGACACAAUUUCACUUGUAGGAAUAAUAUGACACAACUUUCAGACCAACUUCCUUUCUCAAGCAUGGCCACCAUUCUAAUUUACAAAUUGAAUCACCCCUAGGAUUCCAGUUAGGUGCUUCGCAGAGUAGGACAGAGCAGAGGGACAACUAAAAUUAUUAGAGAUGAAUUCAAUUAUAGGAACUUUGGGAUACAACUUUCGGGCAACUUCAUUUCUCUAACGUGGCCACCAUUCCAUGUAUUUAAUUGGUUUCAACUUUCAAUUAAUCAUUCCAAAAUGCACCACUAGGACUCCAUUUUUAAUUUUCACUUGAUGGGAUAUAGCAUAAGGGCGAUCUGAGUGAUGGAAUGGUUGCAUCAACAAAAAGCAACAUGGCUACAGGUACCAUUUUAUGGGACAACAUACUCAAAAUGACAUCAACGAGGUGGUCAGUGAUUGAAUGAAAUGAUUCACAGUAGUUCAUUUUAUAUAUGGGAGAAGAAGGCAAGAUAUUGGAUGGAGUCUGCAAAAAUCGAAUGAAUAAUGUAAUAACUGCAAAAGAUGGGCAACCAAACGACAAUAAUUGGACAGCAAAAAU